GGUUUAUAGAUUCCCACGAAAGAUUAAGAACUUUCCUUUUCUGUCUUGCACUAUGCGAGACUUGUGCUCCCGUUCCCAUCUCUCUUCCAAACCCACUGUUCCUUGAUUUGAAGUUUCUGCUAUCUUUGUCUUCCUCUCUAGAUUCUAUCAUCUAUCACUGUUUUGGGUUGAAUUUCAGAGACACAGCUAUAACCCCCUUUGAAAAAGAAAAAGAAAAAGAAAAUUAAAAAUUAAAAAAACAAAAACACAAUCUUAGGAGAGAGAAUAUAGAAAUGACGUUUUUGGUUUGGAAACUGAAGCAGAGGUGUUUGACGAAAGUUUGCUGAGGUUAGGUUCAGAGUCCACUGUUCUUUGUUUUCUACCCUUUUCUUUAUUCUUCUUAUUCAAACUCUCUGGGCUUAAAUUUCAAACCUUUUCUGGUUUCUGCCACAAGAAGUAACCAAAGGUUUCAUUUUUUAUGAGAAAGGGCUAUCUGGGGUUUGUGUUAGUGUUUGAAGAGGUCAUUGUUGAGUUGAGUUUCUGAGAAAUAUUGAGUCAUGGGAUUUUGAUUUUUGGGUCAAAUAUUUUUUUCAAUGGGCACUAUUGAUUGCUUCAUUCACAAGCUGUUGCCAUAUGGUCCCUAUUCUAUUUUCUUUGGGGUUUUGGGGAUUUGGGAUAUAAGUUUCUUCAUUUGAGCAUCCCCUAUCUCUUUCUCCAAGAGGAGGUGCUGUUUUUAAAAUUUUCCUCUCAGGUUGUGUAAGGAGGGGUUUUGGGGUUUUCUCCUUCAAUCUUUACUGUCUUAGAUCUCUUUGUUCUUGGGAUUUGGUGUUAUUUCUGGUUGGGAUUGGUGAUCUGAAUAUUUUACUUGGAAGUUGGUGUUUGGUGCUUUCCUUUUCAAGCUGCUUGCUGCUUCAAUUUGAGGGGAUUGUGAAUUUUGUUUGAAGCUGUGAUUAAAGGUUCCUUCUUCACUUUCCCAGUGAUAGUAGCUACCACUAUGUGUAUGGAGGCUUAGCCUUUGAUUUUUUUUUUUAGCAUACACAUAUCAAGUUAUUGUUUUCAGCAAUGGUGAUUCUCAGAUGUUUGUCAGUGACAAUAAUUCUGCAGUGGUGUAUGUUGGCUUGCUUGCUAUGGCAGGCCAUAUCAUCAUCUUGUGACCCUCUUGAUUCAUCAGCACUGAAGGAAUUUGCAGGCAACCUUACAAAGAACAAUUUCAUGACAUCAUGGUCUAAUGAUGUUUCUUGCUGCCAGUGGUAUGGUGUUAUUUGUGGUAAUGUAACUGCUGGUGGUGGUGGUGGAGCAGCAUCUAGCAGAGUUACUAAGUUGAACCUCCCUGGAAUUGGUCUCAAUGGUACAAUUCCAGCAUCUUUAUCAAAGCUAGAUCAGCUAAUUUUUCUGAAUCUGUCGUUCAACCAUCUUGGAGGUCGAUUGCCUGUGGAAUUCUCCAAUUUGAAGCUCCUGAGGAUCCUUGAUUUGAGCCAUAACAUGCUUUCAGGACCGGUUUCAGCAGCGAUUUCCGGUUUGCAAUCCAUUCAAGUGUUGAACAUUUCCAGCAAUUCAUUUGAUGAGGACAUGCUCAAGCUUGGUGAGUUUCCUCAGCUCCUUGCUCUCAACAUGAGUAACAAUUCAUUCAAUGGCAGGUUCAAUUCCAGAAUUUGCAGUUCCUCAAAGGGUCUUCAAACCCUUGAUUUAUCUGCAAAUCAUCUUGUUGGUGGUCUUGAAGGCUUGGACAAUUGCGCGAAAUCUCUUCAACAGUUGCAUUUGGAUUCAAAUUCAUUCACUGGCACUCUUCCAGAUUCAUUGUAUUCAUUUUCAGCAUUGGAGCAAUUCUCAGUCUCAGCCAACAAUCUCUCUGGCCAGUUAAGCAGGGAAUUAAGUAAGCUCUCUAGCCUAACAGCUCUUGUUGUUUCGGGGAACCGGUUUUCCGGGGAGCUCCCGAAUGUGUUUCGGAGCCUCUUGAACCUAGAACAAUUGGUCGCACAUGCCAAUUCAUUUACUGGACCAUUGCCUUCUACGUUGGCUUUUUGCUCAAAGCUUAAGGUGCUUGAUCUUAAGAACAACUCUUUGUCUGGUCAAAUUGAUCUUGAUUUCACUGGCUUGUCUAAUCUUAGCACACUUGAUCUUGCUACUAAUCACUUCAAUGGAUCCCUUCCGAACUCGUUGUCCAAUUGCCGUGAAUUGAAAGUCUUAAGCCUUGCUAGGAAUGGGCUAACUGGUCGAAUUCCCGAAAGUUAUGCCAAUCUCACUAUGCUUUCUUUUGUGUCUAUCUCAAAUAACAGCUUAGUUGACUUAUCCGGGGCUCUAUCUGUUCUGAAGCAGUGUAAAAACCUCACCACUCUUAUCUUCACAAAGAAUUUCCAUGGUGAGGAAAUCCCGCAAAAUGUAACUUUAGGAUUCGAGAGCCUUUUGAUUUUGGCAUUCGGAAAUUGUGGUCUUAAAGGCCAAAUUCCUCCAUGGAUAUCAAAUUGCAGGAAAUUGGGAGUCCUUGAUUUGUCUUGGAACAAUUUGAAUGGUAGUAUUCCCUCUUGGAUUGGUCACAUGGACAGUUUGUUCUACUUGGAUUUGUCGAACAAUUCUCUGACCGGAGGAAUUCCGAAAAGCUUGACAGAGUUGAGGGGCCUCAUGUCGACGAAUUGUACCCGGCCGAAUCUCACGGUAUCCUCCGGCAUUCCACUCUUUGUGAAGAGAAAUAAGAGUGCUAGUGGACUACAAUAUAACCAGGCCUCGAGUUUCCCUCCAUCAAUUUUGUUGAGCAAUAACAUGUUGAGUGGAAGUAUAUGGCCUGAAAUCGGUCACUUGAAAGAUCUUCAUGUCUUAGAUUUGAGCAGGAAUAACAUUUCUGGUACCAUUCCUAGCACUAUCUCAGAGAUGGAGAACUUGGAAAUGUUGGAUUUAUCCUACAACGACCUUGUUGGAUCAAUCCCUGAAUCAUUUAACAACCUCACAUUCUUGUCGAAGUUCAGUGUGGCAUAUAAUCGAUUGCAAGGAAAAAUUCCAGAUGGAGUGCAAUUUUAUAGCUUCCCUAGUUCAAGCUUUGAGGGCAACUUGGGGCUUUGUGGAGCCAUUGAUUUACCUUGCAAAAACGUCCCAAGUUUAAAGCCCAGUUCGUCUUCUGGUUCUUCGAGAAAACGAGCUAAUGUACUUGGCUUAACGAUCGGCAUAGGGAUAGGGCUUGCACUGCUUCUUGCAAUUAUUCUGCUCAAGAUGUCAAAGAGGGAAGAUAAGCCAGUUGAUAAUUAUGAUGAGGAACUCAGCAAUAGGCCACACAGGUUAUCCGAAGCACUUGUUGCCUCGAAAUUGGUUCUGUUUCAUUCGGAUUGCAAGGAUCUAACUGUUGCGGAUUUGUUAAAAUCCACAAACAAUUUCAAUCAAGCAAAUAUUGUUGGUUGUGGUGGGUUUGGCCUUGUUUACAAGGCAUAUCUUCCAAAUGGCACAAAAGCCGCCAUCAAGAGACUCUCCGGGGACUGUGGUCAGAUGGAACGAGAAUUCCAAGCCGAAGUAGAGGCCCUUUCAAGAGCUCAGCACAAGAACCUUGUUUCUCUUAAAGGUUAUUGUAAGCAUGGCAAUGACAGGCUGCUAAUUUACUCUUACUUAGAGAAUGGAAGCUUGGAUUACUGGCUGCAUGAGAGUGUGGAUGGGAAUUCGACUCUAAAAUGGGACGUGAGGCUCAAGAUUGCGCAAGGUGCAGCUCGCGGAUUAGCUUACUUGCACAAGGGGUGCGAACCAUACAUAGUGCACCGUGACGUUAAAUCCAGCAACAUACUGUUGGAUGACAAGUUCGAAGCUCAUUUGGCUGAUUUCGGUCUCUCAAGGCUACUUCAACCUUAUGAUACUCAUGUCACAACAGAUUUAGUAGGGACAUUAGGGUACAUUCCUCCAGAAUAUAGUCAGACACUGACGGCAACCUUCCGGGGCGAUGUUUAUAGCUUCGGCGUGGUUCUUCUCGAGCUUCUUACGGGUAGAAGGCCUGUGGAAGUCAUCAAGGGGAAGAAUUGCAGGAACUUGGUGUCUUGGGUGUUUCAGAUGAAAUAUGAGAACAAGGAGCAAGAGAUCUUUGAUCCAGCAAUUUGGCACAAGGAUCAUGAGAAACAGCUCUUGGAGGUUCUUGCUAUUGCAUGUAAAUGUCUAGACCAAGAUCCUAGGAUGAGACCUAGCAUUGAAGUAGUUGUUUCAUGGCUUGAUAGUGUAAGAUUUGAUGUCCCUCAACAGUGAUCUUUAUAUAUAGUUCUUGAAGUAAUGCCUUUAGUUAUCUGGGUUUUGGUUGUUAUCAAAAUAUCAUCAUUGACAAUACAUUUUGUAAAGCAAGUUUGUUGUAAUAUGAAAGGUGCAGUGUUUCUUAAUACAGCUACUACCUUGGUUUUUUUUU